AUGGGCCACCGUACGGAUCGUAAUUCCGCAUUUUACCACUUUGGUUAUUUCGCCUAUAAUAUCCACCGCCGUACGAUAAAACAUUUCUAUGACUUUAUCACCCGAGACCUCCUUCCUACUAUCCCUAAUAACCUUGAUAUCUAUGAGCGUGAUUUCGACGAUCAAUUCCACCUAGCCCGUGAAAUUGAAAAGAACCAUCAGCCCAUGCUGAUCAUAGAAUCUGCAAACCGUGAACAAAAUACUAAAGACCUAUUGGAGCAAUUCCAUAAAGUCGGUCAGGAGUAUCAGAUCAUUAUUGUGAUUAUCCGAAAAGAGCCGACAGAGACAAGGAGAAAGCGGCUGAACCUCUACAAGCGGUUAUGA